CUCUCCAUCGACGAGAAGCUUCGUGGAAGGGGGAGGGAAGGAACGGGGCUGAAGAUGAGUAGAAAAACCACAUUUUGGACCGGCGGUGAGCGGCCAGACGCUGGGAGGUCUCUCUCUAUCUCUCUCCGUCAAAUACAACGUAGUUGACCGGUUGUGUCGAUUGACCUUCUAGAAAGUCUGGAUCCAUUUUGCGAAUGUUUCUUCACGGAAUUGGUGCGCCAUUUCGACACCAAAUCCAUGGGCUCGAACGAGAUUUUUAUGAGAUUUUCUAGUUUGGUUUUCCUUCGCCCCACCCUCGGGCUCGAGUCAAAAGCUUGGAAUUGGUGCGAGGUUUGAAGGUUCAACGCGACGCUGCCGUCCCUUCCGACCACGAAUCUUUCAACGAAGAUGGCUCUUUUAACAUUACUCCCCUCCCUUGUCAUUUAUAGCAGCCUGAAAGCUCUGAUGAUCUAGGGAUUCUGGCGUCGGACGGAUAAAUAAGCGAUUUUUCUGGCCCUUUUUAUGAAUCGGGCUUGCAAGUGCAUCGGAGGUGUGAUUUUUCUUGAGUUUUUUGUGUCUUCACAUUGAGAUUCUUCUCUCUUUUCUAGAGUCUGCUGCUUCUUAGCUCACCGGUCUCGGAGAGGGAGGAGGUUGGAUUGGAUCUUCUUCGUUAUCUAUUUGUGUCUGCCGCUAGGCGUGGGUUAGUAUUAUGGGAAGUUCUUAAAGGCGAGACUUUUAAGAGUUCUAGCCAUUUUUGCUAAGAUUGGUUUUGUCGAAGACAAGGAGAUACUUUUGUCUGCUGGGGGAAUUUAGGGAGUUGCAGGGGCUUUAAAGCUUUAAAGGUUGUAUCUUUCUGAUUUCUCCUUGAAAUUAGUUUUUCGAGUCUGGUGAAAUCGUGGUGUAAGUGGAAUGGCGCGAGGGAGGAGAAGAAAGCUUCAUUUCGGUCGAUUAUACAGUUUUGCUUGUGGUGGAUCGAAGUUCGACGUCGACCACUCUCAGAUCGGAGGCCCGGGCUUCUCCCGUGUGGCCUAUGCCAAUGAGCCAGAUUGCUUCGAGGCUGCCAACCUAAACUACGGAUCCAACUACGUCUCUACCACCAAGUACACAUUGGCUACAUUCUUCCCCAAGUCACUGUUUGAGCAGUUCAGGAGAGUUGCUAACAUAUUCUUUCUAUUUACUGGAUGCCUUUCUUUUACCCCACUGGCCCCUUACUCUGCUGUCAGCGCGAUUCUCCCACUAAUCGUGGUCAUUGGAGCCACCAUGGCGAAGGAAGCUAUCGAAGACUGGCGACGAUAUCAGCAGGAUCUGGAAGUGAAUAAUAGAAAAGUCAAAAUACAUCGUGGGGAUGGCAAAUUCGAAUUUACAGAAUGGAAGAAUCUUAGGGUUGGUGACAUUGUGAAGGUUGAGAAGGAUAACUUCUUCCCCACUGACCUUGUUAUGCUUGCAUCGGGUUAUGAUGAUGGACUAUGUUAUGUCGAGACAAUGAACCUCGAUGGAGAAACAAACUUGAAAUUGAAACAAGCAUUGGAUGCAACUUCAGGUUUACAAGCAGAUUCUAGCUUCCAAAAUUUCAAGGCAAUUAUCAAGUGCGAGGAUCCAAAUGCAAGCCUCUAUACUUUUGUUGGAACCAUGGAAUAUGAAGAGCAACAGUACCCUCUUUCACCUCAACAACUUCUUCUUAGGGACUCGAAGUUGCGGAAUACUGACUACAUAUAUGGAGUUGUUGUUUUCACAGGUCAUGAUACAAAGGUGAUGCAGAAUGCCACAAAUCCACCAUCGAAAAGGAGCAAAAUUGAGAGGAAAAUGGAUAAGCUAAUUUAUCUUCUCCUGUUAGUACUGGUUGUGAUCUCAGUUAUUGGGUCAGUUAUCUUCGGUAUAAUAACCAGUGAUGAUAUUCAAGAUGGCAAGAUGAAAAGAUGGUAUCUUAAACCUGAUGACUCUUCAAUCUAUUAUGAUCCUAAGAAAGCAGCUGUUGCGGCAAUAUUGCACUUUUUGACGGCCAUGAUGUUAUAUAGCUAUUUCAUCCCGAUUUCCUUAUAUGUUUCCAUUGAAAUAGUUAAGGUUCUGCAGACUAUUUUUAUUAACCAAGACAUCCAGAUGUAUCAUGAGGAGUCAGAUAAACCUGCUCAUGCACGGACAUCAAACUUGAAUGAGGAGCUAGGUCAAGUUGACACGAUCCUUUCGGACAAGACUGGAACUCUGACUUGCAACUCAAUGGAGUUCAUUAAAUGCUCAAUUGCUGGAACUGCUUAUGGCCAUGGGUAUACUGAGGUUGAGAGAGCAAUGGCUAGGAGGAAAGGGUUCCCAUUGAUGGAAAAUGAACAAUCUAAUGAAAAUCAUGAGCACCCAAAACUGGCAGUUAAAGGGUUUAAUUUCGAUGAUGAACGCAUCAUGAAUGGGAAUUGGGUUAAUGAGCCUCACUCGGAUGUCGUUCGGAUGUUCUUUCGGUUGCUGGCAGUCUGCCAUACUGCAAUACCUGAAGUAGAUGAGGAAACAGGGAAAAUAUCAUAUGAAGCCGAAUCACCUGACGAGGCUGCCUUUGUUAUUGCUGCAAGAGAACUUGGCUUUGAGUUCUACCAGAGGACACAGACGAACAUUUGUAUCCGUGAAUUAGAUCCAGUGUCAGGCAUGCAUGUCGAGAAGUCAUAUAAGCUGUUAAGUGUAUUAGAAUUCAACAGCACCCGGAAGCGGAUGUCUGUAAUAGUUCAGGAUGAAGAAGGAAAGUUGCUACUCCUCAGCAAAGGUGCUGACAGUGUUAUGUUUGAAAGACUAGCUCAAGAUGGAAGGGAAUUUGAAGAUAAAACUAAGGAGCAGAUGCAUGAAUAUGCUGAUGCUGGUUUAAGAACCUUGGUUCUCGCAUAUCGUCAGCUUGAUGAAGAAGAAUACAAAAGCUUCAAUGAAAAGUUCAUGGCCGCUAAGAAUUCAGUCUCUGCUGAUAGGGAUGAAAAAAUUGAGGAAGCUGCAGAUUCAAUAGAGAGGGAUUUGAUUCUUCUUGGUGCCACGGCUGUUGAAGAUAAACUGCAAAAUGGGGUACCUGAAUGCAUAGACAAACUUGCACAAGCUGGGAUCAAGAUAUGGGUUCUGACUGGUGACAAGAUGGAGACAGCCAUCAAUAUAGGCUACGCUUGCAGUCUUCUAAGGCAGGGAAUGAAGCAAAUAAUAAUCACUUUGGAUGGACCAGAAAUAAUAAGGUUGGAGAAAGAUGGGAACAAAGACGCCGUUGCUAAGGCAUCAAGGGAUAGUGUCAUCUAUCAGAUAAACGAAGGAAAGAAACUUCUUAGUUCGUCAAGUACUGAGUCAUUCGCCUUGAUUAUUGAUGGCAAAUCACUUGCAUACGCUUUGGAAGAUGAUGUUAAGAACUUAUUCUUACAACUGGCUGUUGGAUGUGCAUCAGUUAUAUGCUGUCGUUCCUCCCCCAAGCAAAAAGCCCUCGUAACAAGACUUGUUAAAGCUGGCACCGGGAAAGUAACCUUAGGAAUCGGUGAUGGGGCCAAUGAUGUCGGAAUGCUUCAAGAAGCAGACAUAGGGGUUGGCAUUAGUGGUGCUGAAGGAAUGCAGGCUGUCAUGGCGAGCGAUGUUGCAAUAGCUCAGUUUCGCUUUUUGGAGCGUUUGCUACUCGUGCAUGGGCAUUGGUGCUACCAAAGGAUAUCAUCAAUGAUAUGUUACUUCUUCUACAAAAACAUCACUUUUGGACUCACCCUCUUCUUGUAUGAGGCAUAUGCAUCAUUCUCUGGCCAACCUGCAUAUAAUGAUUGGUAUCUGUCAUUGUAUAAUGUCUUCUUCACUUCUCUUCCUGUGAUUGCUUUGGGGGUAUUCGAUCAGGAUGUUUCUGCUCGGCUUUGUUUAAAGUUUCCCAUGCUUUACCAAGAAGGCGUGCAAAAUGUCCUGUUCAGCUGGCUCCGGAUACUGGGUUGGAUGUUCAAUGGUGCCUGUAAUGGUGUCAUGAUCUUCUUCUUCUGCACUACUGCACUACAGCACCAGGCCUUCCGAAAAGGUGGUGAGGUUGUCGACUUUGCAGUUCUUGGGGCCACAAUGUACACAUGUGUGGUAUGGGUUGCCAACUGUCAAAUGGCACUCUCUGUCAGCUACUUCACUCUGAUACAGCACAUUUUCAUCUGGGGUGGCAUUGCUCUGUGGUAUCUCUUCCUGCUAGCCUACGGAGCCAUCACGCCCACCUUAUCAACCUCUGCCUUCAUGGUCUUUGUGGAGGGGUUGGCCCCAGCUCCUUCAUAUUGGAUCACAACACUCUUUGUCGUCGUUGCCACCCUCAUCCCGUUCUUCACUUAUUCGGUUAUUCAGAUGCGGUUCUUCCCGAUGUACCAUAACAUGAUUCAGUGGUUGCGGUUUGAUGGCCAUGCGGAUGAUCCUGAGUACUGCCAAGUGGUGCGCCAGAGGUCGGUCAGACCUACGACGGUUGGGGUGUCUGCUCGGAUCGAUGCAAAGGUUAGUCAGUUAGGAAGCAGAGUCCAUCAUGUAGUUCACUCACCAUAAUCUGUUGUGUCAUCUGAAAUCGGUCACUCUUGUACAGUUACACUCUCAACCAUCUGCUUCUAUUCGAGAAUCCUCCUAAAUUGUAUCAUUAGAUUCCCUAAAAAAGUGCGGAGGCUCGAGUCAGAGCUGCUGCCCGGAUGGAUGAUGUUGGUUUGAGUAUUUAGGUUUUGGAGGUCAGGUUAGAGUGUCCAUGUAUUAUGAGUUUAUUUUUGAUGCCAUAGCAGCUGUAAAUUUUGAUUCUUUGCCCAUUCGGUGUUGAUUCUUUUUAAUACAGUAAAUUCUUAGUCCUUGUCG